AUGUCGCAAUUUCGACCCCCAACCGGAACCCCGGCUCGAUCGGCAGUGGAGAAUGGUGGCAAUAUCAAGCCGCCGAAAGCUCCCGAGAAGCCGCUCGUCCCCUACAUGCGCUUUUCGAGGAAGAUGUGGGCAAAGGUUCGAGCCGAUAAUCCGGAAUCUCAACUAUGGGACAUUGGAAAGGUGAUCGGACAAAUGUGGAGGGAUACGCCCGACAACGAGAAGCAAGUUUAUCAAUUGGAGUAUGAGAACGAGAAGGUUGAAUACGACAAAGCAAUGAAGCAAUACCAGAACUCGCCCGCCUAUCAACAAUAUCUACAGGCCAGGAAUCGACAAAAACAAACGGAAAAGAUGUCCCGGAAUCGAACAAUGGACGCCGGUGGAGUUGUGAUACAGCCAGUUGGUUCAAAUUUUAAGAUUGUA